AUGGGAAGAAAGAUUGUCCUCGUUACUGGCGCUACUAGUGGCAUUGGUGAAGCCUGCGCACGCAAGUUUGGCCUUGCUGGAUACUCAGUCAUCUUAAAUGGACGUAAUCCAGAGCGCUUAGAAAAAAUCAAGAACUUUUUGACUGAAAAUAAAGUCGAAUGCAUUACAUUACCAUUCGAUGUUCGUGACAACAAGGCUGCAACAGCUGCUGUUCAGUCAUUACCAAAAGAGUGGCAAGAAAUUGAUGUACUCAUCAACAACGCUGGCCUUGCACUUGGUCUUGAAAAGGAAUACGAUCUCAAGCCAGAAGAUUGGGAUGCAAUGAUUGACACAAAUAUCAAAGGUUUGCUUACAAUGACACAUCUCAUCGUUCCAGGAAUGGUUCAACGCAAUCGUGGCCACAUCAUCAACAUUGGCAGUGUUGCUGGUGAUGCAGCAUACGCUGGCGGCAACGUUUACUGCGCUACAAAGUCUGCUGUCAAGGCUUUGUCUGAUGGCUUAAGAAUCGACUUAGCUCAUACAGCUAUUCGUGUCACAAACUUAAAGCCAGGUCUUGUUGAGACAAACUUCAGCGUUAUUCGCUUCAAAGGCGAUGAAGAACGUGCAAAGAAAGUUUACCAAGGAAUUCAGCCACUUACAGGCGAUGAUAUUGCUGACACAGCAUUAUAUGCUGCUCAGGCACCACCACACGUCCAAAUUGCUGAAGUUCUUAUCCUUGCUACACACCAAGCAAGCGGAUCUGUUAUCCAUCGUGAAUAA